CAGAACAGCAAGGUCAUGAAGGUAAGAAGACCCAAAACAUCGUCUUUAUUCCAUCUUAUCUUCCAAACCUUCACAUCCUAUUUCAUAUUUCAUAUUUCCAUUUUCAUUUUUCAUUUUUCAUUUUCAUUUUUCAUAAUUCUCUUGGCAAAGAAUGACAGAAAGGGAAGAGCCGAUGGAAUGAAAGUUUGUGUGUGCAUAUGAUGAAUUGGCUGUAUCGCCACAACAACGGAUUGCCAUUCGUUUUUUGGGGGGUGUGCCCAGAGCAUGACAUGCUCAGUUCACAUUCACAUAUUACCCAAAUGCUCAUAUACACAUGCGCAACUUAUCCCUAAACACAUGCUCAAUUUUUGCCCUGAACCUGUUGCCCAUGGCCUGGCGUGUUUGUGUGCUUUGGCCCUCCUCCUCAUUCUAUUCUAAUUUCACAACUUUGCCAUGCCAUCUAUUGUCUUCAUUUGCUCUCGGAUUGUACAUCAAUCUAUACAUCGCACAAUAUCAUCAUUUUGUCAUACUAUCACGCUACGCCCAACUUGCCCUAGGCGUGAUGAACCCAUGUUGAUCCAAGCAGAGCCAAGCAAGUGUUUGGGAAGGGAUCUCUAGCCUACUUACCAUGCAUCUUCCAUCUCACACUUCUCCACGUUGCUGUCACAUUUCGUUAUACCCUACCUGUUCUCUCAUGCUCUCAUAUUUCUGUGGUAUUAUUCCGUGGGGUUGAAGCUGGAC